UCUUCCCAGGGUGGCCCAGCUGAUCCGGUUCAUUUUGUUGGUGUAUCUCGCAGUCGUCUCCCUUGUUGGUGUAUCUCGCAGUCGUCUCCCUUGUUGGAGUAUAUCGCAGUCGUCUUCCCCUGCUGUGAGGCUGGUUACUUUACAAGUUGAUGUUGAGAGGGUGAGGUGGCGCCCGCUGUGCUGGUGUAACGUCAGAGGUAACAUCGGAGGUAACAUCAGAGGUAACAUCAGAGGUAACAUCGGAGGUAACAUCAGCUAGCAUCAAAGAUUUUCUCAGACAUUUGUGAUUCCAGUCGGCUAAUAGAGAAAGACUGCCUUAUAUUGUUUGGAUAAUUUCUACAUCAUUUAGACGGAAUUCUUGAAACAUUUUUCACCGUUUUUAAAGUGGAUUUUUUGUUGUUGUGAUCAAGCAAUUAAUGAAGUAUUUAAUGUGACCUGACUAAAGAAGGCAGGCAAUCAGUUGAGGGGAAAGAAGAAUUAAGUGCUACGAGAAGAUGUAUAUAGUAAAGGCUGCCUGCAAUAUACUGACCAUCCUGAGAGUGUAAUGAGACAGCACUUAGAGUGUAAUGAGAGACUGACCACCCUGAGAGUGUAAUGAGAGACUGACCAUCCAGAGAGUGUAAUGAGAGACUGACCACCCUGAGAGUGUAAUGAGAGACUGACCAUCCAGAGAGUGUAAUGAUAGACUGACCACUCUGAGAGUGUAAUGAGAGACUGACCACCCUGAGAGUGUAAUGAGAGACUGACCAUCAAGAGAGUGUAAUGAUAGACUGACCAUCCAGAGAGUGUAAUGAGAGACUGACCAUCCAGAGAGUGUAAUGAUCGACUGACCACUCUGAGAGUGUAAUGAUAGACUGACCAUCCUGGGAGAGUAAUGAGACAGCCCUGAGAGUGUAAUGAUAGACUGACCAUCCUGAGAAUUUAAUGAUAGACUGACCAUCCUGAGAGUUUAAUGAUAGACUGACCACUUUGAGAGUGUAAUGCGACAGCACUGAGAGUGUAAUGAUAGACUGACCACCCUGAGAGUGUAAUGAUAGGCGGACCACUCUGAGAGUGUGACGAGAGACUGACCACACCGACUGACCAUGCCACGUAAGAGAAAAGAGGAGAUGGAGCGAGAGAACGACGGGAAGACCCACAAACCCCAGCAGAGGAACGCGGCUAAUGCACGUGAAAGGUCCCGGAUGAGAGUGUUAAGUAAGGCCUUCUCCAGGUUAAAGACGACCCUCCCCUGGGUGCCGCCAGACACCAAACUGUCGAAGCUGGACACCCUCCGGCUAGCCUCCAGCUACAUCGCCCACCUCAAGCAGAUCCUCGACCACGAGGAAGAUUUGAACUCGGCCGGCUUCAUCCACCCUUUGAACCUGACCUGGCCUUUCACGUUCAACGGUCGGACCUUCGGCAGCAGCCACCACAGCCCGCCCAUGGGGUCAGGCCCCACCCACAACCUCGGGGACAGCAGCAACAGCAGCAUGGGCAGUAACUCCCCCACCCCGGACCGCACCAUCCACCCGGGUCACGUGGUCGUGUCGCACUGACUUCCGGCGACAGCGAAAACGAAAGUUCACCUGCCGUGAUAGGCAAAGGACGAUAACUCACUCAGACUGUUGCUAUGGUGACAGGAGUGAUCGCGUGACGAAGCAUUAGUAGCGUCCUUGGUUACAUCUGAGUUGUCUUUCAUUUUGGCGUGUUGCUCUUUUAGGGUCAAGGACGUACUAUUUUAAGCUCACUAAAGGACAUUACUCUCAUGAUAUUAAAUAUGUUUGCCUAGUGUUUGCAUACCAA